GCUCUGCGCAUGCGCAGUACGCAGCAUAUUUGGGCCAAACAUGGACGAUCCGAAACUUUGACCCAAAACUCCCUUCAAACCAUAACUUUAAACUUAACUUUAUUACCAAAAUGGAUUUAAUACGACGGCAGAUGACUCCUUCUGGAAGUGGAAUGUAUUUUGUUUUAUUUGUCAGCCUCGUUUUGUGGUCAGGCCCGGCGUCUUGCAUAAAGGUGACCGCUCCGGAGGAGAUCAAUGCAGUAAAGGGCGAGACGGUAACCCUGUCCUGCCAGUUCACCUCGACUCAUCGCCCGACUAGCCGAAUAUCCAUCGACUGGUCCUUCAGACCUCAGAGUGGAGGCCCUUCCCAAGUCUUCUUCCACUUCUUCUCGGUGGCGUACCCUCCGGAGGCAGGGCACUUCAAAGGGCGCGUGCAGUGGCAUGGUGACCCGGGGCGAGGCGACGCGUCGAUCCGACUCCUGAACGCAUCACUGCACGAUAACGGCACUUACAGCUGCGCCGUUCGCAACCCGCCCGACUUCCAGGGUCCUCCCUCAAACACCAUCCUCACCGUCAGCCUCAAGAAAACAAGUGUCCACUUUUCGGACAUUGCCGUGCUGCUGUUCUUCAUCCUCCUGCCGUCAUCGCUGAUAGCGAUGGUGUUGUUAGCGAGAAUGGUCUGCCCGUGUUGCUCUCCACGGGUCAAGAGCUCGUAUCUCGGCCAUCACUCGCCCAUAGAAGUCACUGAUGGGGAAGAAAUGCUCACAUACAGUAAGGAGUGCGGUUACCAUCACCCCUCACCAAAGCAGAAGCCUGCCAUGUGCUGCGAAAUGUAUUUGGAGGACUCUGAUGAAGAAUGCCGCAGAUAUAUCGAGAAGCAUCCGCUGCAAAUAGAGGCCGAGUCGCAUUGUUAGAUCUUCCUGUAACACGACGCUGUGGUGGAAAAACUGGCAAAACAUGUCAGCACAGACAUCUUCAUUAUCAUUUACUACAAAAACACAAAUGCUUUACAGCUGAGCUGAUGUGAUCUGAUCUGAUCUAAACUCAGCGUUACCAGAUUUCCUUCAGCUUUUGGUCCAUUGGACUCUUGCUAGCUUGUUGCUUUAGCUCUAAGUUUCUUCCUAUUAGCUUUAACAGCCUCAAUUCAGAAUGUUCUAGAAAGCUAGUCACUAUCACUCCAACUACACACCAGCGCCAGCCAUUAACACACAAUAACGCUAGCCAUGAAGUUAGCACAAACAAUCUUGUGUUGCUAGUUCACCGAUAGCAUUUAACCUGUUCCUAGUGUGAGAUGGAAUUCGCAUUCAUUUUAAAACGAGACCAAGCACAAAUGCUAAUGUGGCUAAUGAGGCAAUUCUCACCAUGGUUAGCCAUGUUAGCAUCUCUGAGUGAAGUAUUUCUUGUCAUAUUUCUAAUUAGGAGAAAUAUCACUAGCACUGUUGCUAAUUUACCAUCUUGUUGUGCUAAAAAGCAGUAUACUUCCUCUUCGUUGUUAGCAUAAAAUAUUUAUUGUCUGAAAAACUGACUUCAUGAGCUUGUAGAUCUCAGACUUUCUAAAGAUCUGCUGAAUAAAGACUAGAUUUUAAAACUAAACCUAAGAGGAACUAAGCCAUGCUAAUGCAGGCUGCGUGGUACUGUUUAUGAUUAGCAAUAGUAGCGUAAAGUAUUAUUUAACGGUAUUAUUGGUUACACUAGUGGUAGUGAAUGGAAGCUGCAGACUAGUGGCCUUCUGUCCAGGUUUAUAGAAGAUGAAUAGGUUUUGAACUAAACUCUAGAGUAUGUUGGGCUUCCUUUAGGUAAAGAAUACCAGGAAAAUAAUAAAAUAGUGCUUGCUAAUGUGUGGUAUUUUGUAUAACGCUAAAUUAGCCCUGCUGAUUUAGCAGUUUUAUCAUUUUUUGGGACCUUUGGAAUUUUCUAGAAUAAAGUUAAGCAUAAACGAAUUUUUCCUUACCUUAGUUUUGGACUGGAGCUAUGGCACUACGACACUAAUGUAGCUAUCGAGUGCUGAAGUCUGUACAAAUAAAUAAUUACAAAUAAGUAUCUCUAUGCACACGCCUUAAAAGAUACCUUAAAAGGAACAAUAAAAAAAAAUUCUAAACUAGCAGUGACAGUUCAUAUUUAGAAGCUGAAGUGGAUCUCAGCUACAAUGUUUCAUCAUUUUGUUGGUGUGAUUUAUUUUUGUGUGUUAAGUUAUUUUACAUUAUUGCUCAUGUAAAUAAUUUAAAAAGAACUUCAACCUGCUGCUUUGUAUUCUUUCUCCAGUUUUGCAUUUUCUAACAGGAAACGGAUCCAGCCCUCUGCACGUACUCUGGCAUCAUUUUGCUAAAUGACAGUUGAAUGGGUUUAAAUAUUUUGUUAAAUGAUCAUCUCUACACGUGUAUAUAUAUAUUUCUGCAAGCACCUUGUUAUGAAAUGCACAAUUACACAUGCUCUUGUAAGAAUGUAAAACAACAGGCCAGGUUUAUUGUGUAUUUAUUUGAGGAUGUAAAAUUGUGUGAUAUUGUGAGUACAUUGUUUGAUAAUAAAAAAGUGGCAAUUAAAUUAAUAAAUAAAAUAUGUACAUAGUUCUGAGCUCUCGUUUUACAUCGAGUAUGAAAGCUAAUAAUUAAAACAUAAAACAGCA